AUGGAGAACGGCGCAUCCUCAGAGGGAAAAGACCCCUCGGCCUUCCUCAGCGAGAUCAUCGGCGCCCCGGUGAUCGUGAAGCUAAAUUCCGGUGUUGUGUACAAGGGUGAGCUGCAAUCGGUUGACGGCUACAUGAACAUUGCCCUCGAGAAGACCGAGGAAUACGUGAACGGCAAGCACCGUCGCAGCUACGGUGACGCCUUUGUGCGAGGAAACAAUGUUCUCUAUAUCUCUGCCGAAUGA